AGAAAUGGACGACGAAUCGAACGAACCGCCGACUUCGCUUCACCGAACAAAUUCUGAGAAUAAAAUGGGAAGGAAGAACACAGAAAAAGAAUCGACUACGUCUUAUUCUUGGCAAAGAUCUCAAUCGGAACUGCAUUUGGAUAAUAAAAACAUUAAGUCAACUGAUAAUGUUUCACAGCACUCUAGAGUGUACUGGGACCUUUCGAGGUCAGAGGAAGAGGGACCGCCAAAGUUCAAGGUCAGUUUGCAGACUAUUAAACAAAAAGAAGAAAUAUCUGGCUGUAUUUCUCGAAGAACAGCCAGCAUGUUUGCAAAUUAUAAUCCUGCCUCUCCAAACGUACAAGUUGUUUUAAGAAAUACAUUACCAAUUUGGAAAAAGAAUGUUCUUCUAGUUAGAGAUGCUAGGUCAGAUACAGAAAGGGUAGGGUGCUUAGAAGAGAUGCACGAUAUUCUAGUUGAGGCCUGGUCACUACCAAUCGUAGGAAAAGAAUUUGCCCACGGUCUGUGCGAUGCCCUUCGGACUUCAGGCGGAGUGCAUAUUUUAUUAAAACUCUGUUCUCAAUCGGCCGGUAGCCGCUUGCACGCUGCUAAACUACUUGAACAGAGUAUGACUCUUAAAAACUGUGACGUCAUAGUUGACGAGGGCCUCAAUGCAGUUGUUGAAUUAACUGCAGCAUCAAAUACUGAUACACUGCUACAAACACCAUGUACAGGAAUAUUGGAGCAUUUAUUCAAGCAUUCAGAGCUAACCUGCGCAAAACUGGUUCAAUGCGGCGGUCUAAACACACUUUUAAACGCUUGUAAGACGUCAAAUACAAUGACCCUACGUCAUUGCGCUAAAGCCUUCGCUAAUCUGGCAAUGUAUGGUGAUAAUUCGAUAAAAAAUCGGAUGAUAGAACUACGGGUACCCAACUGGUUGUUUCCAUUGGCUUUUAACGAUGAUGACUCGAUCCGCUAUUAUGCCUUUUUGGCCAUUGAAACCCUAGCUGCAUCCCAUCCCUUUUCCCCCGUUAUGAAAGAGUCCGGUACGCUAGAACUCGUACAGGGAUUUAUAGAGACGCACGAUCCGUCCGGCUUCGCUUUUUCUGAUACUGCUCACAUACACGGUCACACAGAUGAAUGGAUGAGAAAGCUAGUUCCCUUAUUAACCUGCCAACGACCGGAAGCUCAAAGUUUAGCUGCCUUCCACUUCGCUGUAGAAGCAGCUAUACUUGUCCGCAAAAGUGAUGACAUAAAGGUUAUCGAAAAAAUUGGAGCUAUACCUGCCUUAAAAAAAGUAGCUGGUAGCUGUAAUAAAUUAGCUGCUAAGUUUGCUCUCCAAGCCCUCGAAGCGGUUGGAGUACGGGAUGUUCCAAAUCUCCUACCAAAUAAGGUAGCCUAUUGGAGUACUUGCAACGUGGUACAAUGGCUACAAUUAACUGGAUUUUCUGAAUUUAUUGAGUUGUUCGAGAAGGAAAAGAUCGACGGUGAUUUAUUAUUGAGAUUAGACGACGAUAUGUUGCGAGAUGGCCUGGGGAUGAACAGCUGUUUCGCUCGUAUUAAAUUUCUAAAAGCUCUCAAAGAUUUAAAAAUCCGAAAUGAAUUAGAAGGAAACGCCUUAUUAUUAGAAGAAUGGUUAAAAAGUAUAUCAGAAGAUUUAGCUGUCUACGCUUAUCAAAUGGACCAAAGUGGCGUUGAUAAGCAGACUUUAUGCAUGUUAACUGACGAGCACCUUUAUCGAGAUUGCCAUAUAACAAAUGGUAUAGACCGAUUAAAGAUAAUGGACUCUUUGAAGCGUAGAUCCUCAUUUUCAAUGCUCUCUAUCGAUAAUCAAGAUUCAGAGAAUAAAUACGACGUGUUUAUCAGCUAUCGAAGGAAGGGAGGUUCUCUACUCGCUAGCCUACUAAAGGUUCACCUACAAGUUCGCGGUUAUAGAGUUUUCUUAGAUAUUGAAAAAUUGCAGGCUGGCAAAUUUGACGAAAAGCUAUUGGAUAGCGUCCGAGGUACUCGACACUUUUUACUUAUACUGACGCCCGAGGCUUUAGAACGUUGCAUAGGAGACGACUGUAAUCAAGAUUGGAUUCACCGUGAAAUUACGGCUGCCAUAGAUGCUGGCCGAAACAUCAUACCAAUCGAAGAGAAUUUCAAAUGGCCACAACCGGAAUGCCUGCCUUCCGACAUGAAGGCAAUUUGUUCAUUUAAUAGUAUACGAUGGAUUCACGACUAUCAAGAUGCAUGUGUCGAAAAAAUAAUACAUUUUAUGAAUAAUGAAGGCCUUAAGAAAUCAAGUGAAUUGCAGGAAGAAGUCGAUUGA